GCAGUGCGCAUAAUAACUCCACCGACUCUACCACACGUUCAGUUACCGAUUGUCCGCUACGGGGAGCGCGUGUCUCCGAUAACGCCGAGCCGGCUGCGCGAGAGCAUAUACGACAAAUAUUUACAACACUUUUCCAUUUCACCCGCUUGUUUUGACAUUAAUUAUUCGAAAGGGACUAGUGCUUCUCUACAGUGUGUGUGCUACAUUGGAUCAAUUGUCCUGAAAAGCUGAAAAGUCUUCGAGUGCAGGUAGUGUCGGAUAUAGCAUGCUGACAAGGUGGCUUGCGCUGGCAUUAGUGGCAGCGAGCUGUCACGUCGCCGAUGCCUGCUCGUGUUCACUCGACCAUCCACAGUCGCACUAUUGCAACAGUGAUUUCGUAAUCGUUGGCAGAGUACAGAAAACAUACCGUGGCCGAGAUUUUUACCACGCUUACAAAGUCAAAAUUCGGAAUAUUUUCAAAGCUACACCAAAAGCGGCAUUGGCUCUUAAAUCUGGACGCUUACUAACACCAUCGCAAGAUUCCUUGUGUGGAGUCAGCUUACAACCGAGAGAGACCUAUGUUAUUACAGGACAUGUGUCACGUUUAGAGGCUCACAUCCAUCUCUGUGACUACAUCGCUAAAUGGCGCGAGGUGACGCCGCGACAGCGGAAAGGAUUCAGACUUCUUUACAAACAGGGCUGCACUUGUAAGGUUCAUAUGACACGGCGGCGCACCAAAUCGCCCAACACGUGCGUGACGAACUACGACGAAUGCUACGAGCGACACGGCGUCUGCCUGCACGACCGCGAGCGGCGCUGCCGCUGGACUAGGGCACCGGCGCUCACGAGAUGUCUGCAAUCGCAACAAUUCAACAGUACGAUGACGAUGACUUGAAUCGCACCCGAACGCUAACACAAACAUUAAAACGUACCUUUAUGUAUGUAUCUCGUUACGUCCACACGAAAAAUUGCAAUUUUAUCACAAUAUCAUAUUUAAUGGUGAUCAUUGAACGCGAUGCAGCUGUCCGCUGAUCUGUUAUGUUAAUCGAUUGAACGUAGGCGUCGUAAUAAAGUUUUGUAUUCAAAACUGUAUGAAUUGAUGUGAUAGACUGAAUGAAAAUGCAAAUGGAAAUUAUAAACGAGACGAAUUUACUUAAUCUAUUUGUUGUUUUGUGAUUUUUCUUCUGGACGCUGCUACGUUGUUGUUUUGUCUAUUAAGACAAAUGUAAGUUUAACGUUAUUUUGUAUUAUUUAUUUUUAAGUUAAUGAUUGUAAAAUAACAAGUUAUAGCGGUAUUAAGCCUAAAAUAAACAAUUUAUAAAA